AUGCCAGUCAAGAGACAAAACCACGGCAGACAGAAGAAGAAUAGAGGUGCAACAUGCAAUGUACAGUGCAACCAGUGCGGUGCUACUGUGGCCAAGGACAAGGCAAUAUCUAGGUCUUCCAAUGCGCCUGUCGUCGAGGCAGCCUCAAUGGAUGACUUCAGAGCAGCCACAGUCUACGAAAAUGUCGAAGUGCCAACAUUCCUCAACAUUGAGAACCACUGCAUAAGCUGUGCAUGCCACUUGAGGAUUGUCAAGGUAAGGAGCAAGGAAGACAGGAAGACCAGAUUUGUUACGAGACAGAGAUCUAAUUAA